GUUCUGCACAAUUUAGACGGCUCAUAAUCUUAUUAAUUAUUUGUCUAGUAAAUGGAGUUGUUGUGCACAGUUUAUGGCAGCUAAAUGAGGCUCACAUCUCACAGCAAGGAAUAAUACACCAUCGGCCGCGGUGUAGCCAACUAAGAACCUGUCGGCCGCGGCGUAGCCGACAGAUGCAUGCUCCUCUCGGCCGCCUCUGUACAUCCCCGGUGCCGGAGCCAGCGGGCGCCGAGGUGUGCAGCAUCUGCUUCGACCAGGCUGUGCGCGAUCGAGGUCCGGGAGUGCCGGCACCAGAUGUGCGUGGCGUGCACGCUGUAGCUGUGCUGCCACGCCAAGCCCAAUCCGGCCAUGCAGAGCCAGCCGCUGCCCACCUGCCCCUUCUGCCGCGGCGGCAUCUCCCGGCUAGCGGUGGCCACCAGGCCAAGGCCGGCGACGACGAUGACGAGGAGGAAGAGGGAGAAGGCAGGCUGGAGUCUCCGCGGCACCGGAGGUCUCACCGGUCCGUGAACCUCGGCAGCAGCAGCAGCAGCCUCAUGGGCAGCAUCGCCUCGUCCAUCGGCAUCAAGAUCAUCGACGAUCGUCGUAUCGGCCGUGCAGAUGCAGCAGCACGAGAAGGGCAGGGGCAGCAGUGACGGUGGCAUAUGGAUGCAGCAGCAAGCUGCCGCCAAUGAUCGGUGGCGCGCAACACAGUGGCAGCACAAGAAGACGAGAAGACAUCAACAGUUGUGGCGUGCAGAAGUAGCCAUUAUGGAUGCAGCAGCAACCAGCCGGCGUGGAGGCGAGUCAAGGAGAGACGAGCAUGAGAAGCUGAGAGUGUCGUUGCACCUCGUUUGGCCUCCAAGACGCUCCGCCAGUGAUGAGAACCAAGUACAAAUCCGUCCAUGUGGUCUCCCUCGACCUACGCCGUGGCCGAGAGGGCCAUGCAUCUGUCAGCUACGCCGCGGCCGAUAGGUUCCAGUCGCGGCUACGCCAUGGCUGAUGGUGUAUUAUUCCUGUAAAUAAUUCAAACUGCAUAUUAUUUGUCAAAUUUAAUAAACAAAAUGUAUUAUUUAUUUUUUUAGCAAUUUUGUGGGACAUUCAGUCCAUUUCAAAUUGUAUGCAAUAACUAGAAGUUUGUAGUUUCUUAGUUUCCAGUUGAAUUAGUUUUAUGGUUUGGUGUUGUGCGCUGAUUUUGUGUUUGGACCAGUGAAUGGAUUUGGUUAUCACCCUUGCAUGAACAAUCAGUCAGCCAUAA